CCUCAGAAAUCAAAUGCCCUUCUCAGCCACUCGCAAGGAGAGGGAUCCUUAUGAAGCAAGGCCCUUCCUUCACAGAGGUACGUGGCCUGCAAAGCCCUUGCAAAUGUGUUCAAAUGUGUGUUCUUUUCGCCCUGCAGGCCAAGGUCUUGCCAGUCCUUGGCAGCCAGACAUGCCUCCAAGCUCAGGCUGGCCCUCGACCGGAACCCCUCCAGCCGGCAAUCCCACGGGAAGGACCAGGUCGCGCAUAUGGAACCCAAGAGGGUUGGCACCAUCUUCCUCGUCUCCAUCUUAUCUUCACAACGACCCUACCAGGCAAACUUCCCUGAAGUGCCUCCCUGUGGUGGUGUGGGACUACAAUGGCCAUCAUCCUCCAGGCAGCAGCCUUCUGCGACGUGAUGCCCUGCAGAAGUACCAGCUUUAACUCCCCACAUGGAUAUCUAAGUGCAACCAUCGAUGAGGUGGAAACGGAUGUGGUGGAGAUUGAAGCGAAGCUGGACAAGCUGGUGAAACUAUGCAGCAACAUGAUCGAUGCCGGGAAGGCGUACAUCAUUACGAACAAACAGUUUGUCGGAGGAGUGCGGGACCUGUCGCAGCAAUGCAAGAAGGACGAAAUGAUCUCGGAAUGCUUGGAUAAGUUUGGAGACAGCCUGCAGGAGAUGGUCAAUUACCACAUGAUCCUUUUCGACCAAGCUCAGAGAUCCGUCCAGCAACAAUUGCACAAUUUUGUGAAAGAUGACGUCCGGAAAUUCAAGGAGACCAAGAAGCAAUUCGACAAGGUGCGGGAGGACAUGGAGAUCGCCUUGGUCAAGAACGCCCAAGCCCCACGGCACAAGCCGCACGAGGUGGAAGAGGCCACCGGCACCUUGACAAUCACCAGGAAGUGUUUCCGGCACUUAGCUCUGGACUACGUCUUACAGAUCAAUGUUCUCCAAGCCAAGAAGAAAUUUGAAGUUCUGGAUGCGAUGCUGUCCUUCAUGCAUGCCCAGUACACGUUUUUCCAGCAAGGGUACAGCCUCCUGCACGAACUGGACCCAUAUAUGAAGAAACUGGCUACCGAGCUGGACCAGCUGGUGAUCGACUCGGCCGUGGAGAAGAGGGAGAUGGAGCACAAACACGCCCUGAUUCAGCAGCGGACUCUCUUGCAGGACUUCUCCUACGAUGACUCCAAAGUGGAAUUCAACGUCGACGCGCCCAACGGCGUGGUGAUGGAAGGAUACCUCUUCAAGAGGGCAAGCAACGCGUUCAAGACUUGGAACCGGAGGUGGUUCUCCAUACAGAACAGCCAGUUGGUCUACCAGAAGAAGCUAAAGGACGUCCUCACCGUGGUGGUGGAAGACCUCCGGCUUUGUACUGUGAAGCCCUGCGAAGACAUAGAGAGGCGGUUCUGCUUUGAGGUUGUUUCCCCCACCAAGAGCUGCAUGUUGCAGGCAGAUUCCGAGAAGCUGCGCCAGGCGUGGAUCCAGGCGGUUCAGGCGAGCAUCGCCUCUGCCUAUCGAGAGAGCCCCGAUAACUGUUACACCGAACGACUGGACCGAACUGCCUCCCCUUCGACCAGCAGCAUCGACUCUGCAACAGACUCGCGGGACCGCAGUGCCAAAAGCGAGACGAUUUUGCAGCGGGUUCAAAGCAUUCCCGGCAAUGACCAGUGCUGUGACUGCGGGCAGGCAGAUCCCCGAUGGGCCAGCAUCAACCUCGGCAUCUUGCUAUGCAUUGAAUGUUCAGGGAUACACAGGAGCUUGGGGGUUCAUUGUUCCAAAGUGCGAUCCCUCACGCUGGAUUCCUGGGAGCCGGAAUUAUUGAAGCUGAUGUGUGAGUUGGGCAACGCCACCGUGAAUCAGAUCUACGAGGCCCAGUGUGAAGAGAUGGGCCUCAAGAAGCCCACGGCCAACAGCUCAAGGCAAGACAAAGAAGCGUGGAUCAAAGUCAAGUAUGUGGAGAAGCAAUUCUUGAAGAAGCUGGCCACCGGCGAGGCCCUGGCUGAGAACGAGCGGAAACCUCGCCGCUGGAGCGCCAAGAAGUGCCAGAGGCGCAACAGCUCCAGCAAAGCGCCCGCGGCACGGCGGAAGUACCGGCACGAGGCCGGAAGCGCAUCUCCAGCUGCACACUCCUCGGCGGCCACCCUCGAGAGGAAGUUUCGGCGGGAUUCUCUCUUUUGUCCUGACGAGCUGGACUCCCUUUUCUCAUACUUCGACACAGGAGCCGGAGCGGGACCACGCAGUGGCAACCACGUCUCGGGGCAGCACCCCCCGGCGGCCGGCCUGUGGACUGACAGCGCCAACGGUCCAGCUUCACGCAGUUCGCCGUUCCUCCUGGAUGGAGGUCUGAGUAGUGACAGUGGACUUGGCGGCAGCACCGACGGAAGCACCGACGUCCUGGUGUUCGGCUCCGUGGUGGACAGUGUCACAGAGGAAGAGUGCGAGAUUUCAGAAGAGUCGAGUGGAGAAGCCGAAAUCGAGCAGGAGGCCUCCGACGCAGAGGACUUGCGGGAGCUACACCCGGGCUUGCUCGCUUACAAGGCCUCACGGGCGCGGAACCUGCCCGUCAUGGCGGAAGCCUUGGCUCAUGGCGCGGACGUCAACUGGGUCAACGACGAGGACGAGAACAAAACCCCCCUGAUCCAGGCCGUGAUGGGGGGCUCCUUGAUAGCUUGUGAAUUCCUCCUCCAGAACGGAGCCGACGUUAACCAAAGAGAUAUCCGAGGGCGUGCACCGCUGCAUCUUGCUACAUAUUUGGGCCACACUGGUCAGGUCUGUUUAUUCCUGAAAAGAGGAGCCAACCAACACGCCGUGGAUGACGAUGGGCAAGACCCUCUCAGCAUCGCGGUCCAGGCGGCCAACGCCGACAUUGUUACCUUGCUGCGUCUGGCUCGGAUGAACGAAGAGAUGCGAGAAGCCGAGGGUCCGUUUGGUCACGCAGGAGAUGCCACCUACCUCGACAUCUUCAGAGAGUUUUCCCACAUGGCGUCGAACAAUCCAGAAAAACUCAGCCGCCGCAGUCUGCAUUUCAGCCACUCCUGCCGAUAGCCCUGGCGGGUGGCGUUCCCGUUUCUCUGGACGGUGGAAAACCCUUCCAGCUUCAACAGGACGACUGAACGGUGGGCCCCGCAGGACUGAGCUGACAGGUGGCUGUGAACGCCCUGCCCUCCAAGAUGGGAGAACACUGCAGAAUUGUCUCUAACCCUACCAUAGCGUUGGCACUGGGCCCGGCGGUCCCCAUCCCCUCCCAAGUUUCUGCGGAUGGGUGGCUGUUUCCCCUUACCCCCCGAUAUUUAAGCAGGAUAACAGCCUUGCAAACCUUCCUGUCAGAGUUAGGAGCCCUCAUAUCAUGGCUGGUGAUGUGAAGAAAGGAAGGAAUGCAAGGAAGAGGUGCCAAUGGAUGCAAGGGGGGGAGCAGCCAUUUUGAAGGGGGCUGCGAGGCCUGGCUCAAGACCUGUUCUCAAGAGCAGCAGGGGAAGACAGCUGGCCUCCAGGCCUCCCCGUGGGCUUCCAAGAGGCACUUGGUUGGCCCUGGUGGGCUACAUGGACCUUUGAUCUAAGCCAGCAGAGAAAAUGUGGCUUCUUGAGAGCG